AUGUCUUCUCUCCACCGUCUAACAGGCACCCAGAUCCACGAUCUAAUCUGCACCGGCAAAGUAACUGUAGAACAAUACGCCCGCUCCCUCCUCACCCACAUCGAACAACGAGACCCCGUCGUACAAGCCUGGGUCCACCUCAACCCAGCCCAAGUCCUCUCCCAAGCCAAACAACUCGACCAAAUCCCGCCAGAAAAACGAGGUCCCCUCCACGGCAUCGCCAUUGGAGUCAAAGAUGUCUACCUCGCCAAGGACAUGCCAACUAAGUACUACUCCAAAAUCUACACAAACACUCCCAACACCACCACAGAUGCAAGCGUAGUAGCCACCCUCCGGGCCUCCGGCGCCCUCAUCCUCGGCAAAACAACCACCACCGAAUUCGCCGCAACCUACGACGGCGGGCCCUGUACUAACCCCCAUAACCCCCUCCACACCCCCGGCGGCUCAUCGUCCGGCUCUGCGGCCGCUGUAGCCGAUUUCCAGGUCCCUGUUGCGCUGGGUACGCAGACGGGUGGGAGUAUUAUUCGCCCCGGGUCGUUUUGCGGGGUUUAUGGGUUUAAGCCAACCUGGAAUGCUAUCUCCCGCGACGGUAUCUCCCACGCCUCGAUUACCUGCGACACGGCCGGGUUCUUCACCCGCAGCGUCGAGGAUCUGGAUCUUCUGGCUCGGGCCUUUGACCUCAAUGGUGAUGUACCCGUUCCUGAAUCGCCCUUCCAGGUCUCAGGGACGAGGAUCGCGUUCGCGAAGACGCAUGUUUGGUCCCUAGCUGGGAAGGGACUUGUCUCCGUGUGGCAGCGGGCGAAAGAGCGCUUAGGUGAGAAGGGGGCGGUGGUUGAGGAGAUUGAGCUUCCGGCUGAGUUUGAGAAGUGUAAGGAGUGGCAUCGGGUGAUAAUAGAGGGGGAGGGGAGGGGGGCUUUUUUGGGGCAGUAUCUUCUUGAUAAGGAGAAAUUAGCUCGGAAGAUUGUCGACAUGGUUGAGAAUAGGGAUUCUGUGUCACGGAAGGAUCUGCUAGAUGCGUGUGACGGAGUUGCGCGGUUGAGGCCUGUUUGGGAUGAGAUCGCAAGUCGGUAUGAUGCUGUUGUUGUGCCGAGUGCAGUUGAUGAGGCGCCCGUGGGGUUGGGGUAUACUGGUGAUGCGAGCUUCAAUUCGAUGUGGACUUUGCUUCAUGCGCCGGCGUUGAACGUUCCUGGUUUUGUCGGGGAGAAGGGACUCCCCAUCGGAUUGACGGUUGUCGGGGGGAGGUUUUGUGAUUUGCGUGUUUUGCAUGCUGGGAAGGGGAUUGGGAGGGCCUUCCAGGAGGCUAGUCUAUAG